UCGCCGGCGGGGUGAGGCGGUGGCGCCGGCGUUGCUCGGCCCCUUUCGGAGCCGGCACCUCAAGGAGCCCGCAUCGCCGCUGCUGCCGCCGCCAUGUCCAGGGCCGAGUCUCCCAAGGAGCCCGAGCAGCUGCGCAAGCUCUUCAUCGGCGGUCUGAGCUUUGAGACGACAGACGAGAGCCUUCGCAGCCACUUUGAGCAAUGGGGCACGCUCACCGACUGCGUGGUGAUGAGGGACCCAAACACCAAGCGUUCCAGGGGCUUUGGAUUUGUCACGUACUCCUCCGUUGAAGAAGUCGAUGCCGCCAUGAACGCCAGACCGCACAAAGUCGAUGGCAGAGUUGUUGAACCAAAGAGGGCUGUGUCCAGAGAGGACUCUCAAAGGCCUGGUGCUCACCUAACAGUAAAGAAAAUCUUUGUCGGGGGCAUCAAGGAAGACACAGAGGAGCACCAUUUGCGGGACUACUUUGGGCAAUACGGCAAGAUCGAGGUGAUUGAGAUCAUGACAGACCGCGGCAGUGGCAAAAAGCGAGGUUUUGCCUUUGUCACCUUCGAUGACCACGACUCUGUGGACAAAAUUGUCAUUCAGAAAUAUCACACGGUCAACGGCCACAACUGCGAAGUGCGGAAAGCCCUGUCCAAGCAGGAGAUGGCCAGCGCCUCAGCCAGCCAGAGAGGACGCAGCAGCUCGGGGAACUUCGGAGGGGGCCGCGGAGGUGGAUUUGGUGGGAAUGACAACUUCAGCCGGGGCGGCAACUUUGGCAGUCGCGGUGGGUUUGGUGGCAGCCGCAGUGGUGGCUAUGGAGGCAGUGGAGACGGCUAUAAUGGAUUUGGCAGCGACGGGUAUGGCAGCAGUGGCAGCGGCCCUGGCUACUCUGGAGGCAGCAGAGGCUACGGCGGCAGCAGCAACUACGACAGCUACAACAAUGGUGGUGGCGGCUUUGGCGGGGGCAGCGGAGGCGGCAACUUUGGCAGCGGUGGCAACUACAAUGACUUCGGCAGUUACAACAGCCAAUCCUCUAACUUUGGCCCUAUGAAAGGAGGCAGCUUUGGAGGCAGGAGCUCUGGGCCGUAUGGCGGCGGCGGCUACGGUGGCUCCAGUGGUGGCAGUGGUGGCAGCUACGGCAGCGGCCGGCGGUUUUAAGCCCCAGGAAACAAAGCUUAGCAGGAGAGGAGAGCCAGAGAAAGGACAGGGAAGCUGCAGGUUACCACAGUUUGAACUCAGCCAAAUCACAGUGGUGGCAGGGGGUAGCUGCUACAUGAAGACAUGUGUUAGCCACUCUCCUUGCAAACACAAGGACUGUAUUUGUGACUCGUACUCCAGGUUAUUUUAGUUUCUGUGCCGUGGCCGUGCGAAGCGCUCCACCGAGGGCUCUGGGGACUCACUGUCCGUUUCCGCGCCCAUGCCGUCGAUUUGCAAACUGUAAUAGACUGAUCAUGACGCUGAAUAAAUGUGUCUUCUUUUUUA